GGCGAAUUGAGUCGGUAAUAAUUUGGGGAUAUGUGAAUUCAUAUCUCAAAAGGGCGCCAAAUACCAAAUUCCCCCCCUCUAAACACUUCUUCUUUUACCCUCAGAAAUUUCGUCUCCAUUCAUACGCCCAAACGAUGCAACGCCAGAAAUCCAUACUCUCGUUCCUUCAGAAGCCGAAAAUUGAAAAACCGGUCGGCGGUGGAGCUCUCAUAGGCGACUCUGUGGCUGUUUCUGAGGAGAAGAUAUAUCGGGGAAGUUUACCUGCAUCUAAUCAGCCUAUUAUUCACUCAUCUGCAAUUGAUUUCUCCAAUGAAAUCAUUGGAACGGACACUCCGCCAGAGAAGGAGAAACGCCCGUUAUUUUCUAGUAUCAAGCACAAGUUCGUCAAGCCUAACAGUGUCGAGAAGCCUCGUGAUAGGAAUUUGUCAGAUAGCAGCUGUGAUAAUAUCUUCUCAAUAUCUAACAACUGUAGUUACUCUAAUGGAAGAGAGAAGGAGGGUUCAGUUUCUAAUUUUUCAAAAAUGAAAAAUGUUUCUGAUGUAGAAAAAACAGCUUGUCAAGGGGAUAAAGGACAUCCCUUGAUCAUAGAAAGUGAUAGUGAUAUAACAGGGCCAGAAACUCCAGGUGCACAACCACUGAUUCCACGUUUGAAGCGAGUCCAAGAAGAUGGUUGUACCUUUGGCUUUACUACUGGUACCACUGCUGAUUUCUCUAUCAACAAUAGCAAAAGAGUGAAAUUUUCUCAAGAUUUACCUGCUAAAAACAAGAAAGAUGAAGUGGCAUCUGAAAUGCCAAUGAACAAUAGCAAAAGAGUGAACUUUUCUCACAAUUUACUGUCUGAAAACAAGAAAGUUGAGGUGGCAUCUGAAACGCCUAUGAACAAUAAAAGAAGUGCAUAUUUUUCUCAUGAUUUAUCAUCUCAAAACAAGAAAGAUGAUGUGGCAUCUGAAAUGGCUAGUAAAUUUGACUGGCUUCAUCCUUCACGAAUCAAAGAUGCUAAUGGUAGAAGGCCAAACAAUCCUCUUUAUGAUAAGAGGACACUUUACAUACCACCUGAUGUUUUGAGGACAAUGUCAGCAUCUCAGAAACAAUAUUGGGGUGUCAAAAGUCAAUACAUGGAUGUUCUUAUUUUCUUUAAAGUGGGAAAAUUCUAUGAGCUUUAUGAACUAGAUGCUGAAAUUGGACAUAAGGAACUUGAUUGGAAAAUGACAAUGAGUGGUGUUGGGAAAUGUAGGCAGGUUGGUAUCACUGAGCAUGCAAUUGAUGAUGCUGUUGAAAAGCUAUUGGCUCGUGGGUAUAAAGUUGGGCGAGUGGAGCAGUUGGAAACAUCAGAACAAGCAAAAUCGAGAGGAUCUACUGCUGUAAUUCAAAGAAAAUUAGUAAAUGUGCUUACACCAUCAACAUUGGUCAAUGGUAACAUUGGGCCUCAAGCUGUUCAUCUUCUUGCUAUAAAGGAGGGUAUAAGAAAUCUUGAUGAUGGUUCAACUGCAUAUGGAUUUGCCUUUGUUGAUUGUGCUGCUUUACAGUUUUGGGUUGGAUCAGUCAGUGAUGAUGCUUCAUGUGCAGCUUUAGGGGCUUUGUUGAUGCAGGUGUCUCCUGCAGAAAUUCUUUUUGAAAGUCAAGGAUUAUCCAAAGAGGCUCAGAAGGCCCUUAACAAGUAUUCAUUAACUGGUUCUGUUGCCUCACAAAUGACUCCAUCAGUUCCAGCCACUGAUUUUGUUGAUUCUUAUGAAGUUCGAAAUUAUAUUCAAUUGAAAGGGUAUUUUAAAGGCUCCUCAAAUCCAUGGGAUCUUGCACUUAAUCAAGUGGCUCAUCAGGAUAUUGCAUUAUGUGCUCUUGGUGGGCUUUCCAAUCAUUUAUCCAGGUUAAAGUUGGAUGAUGCAUUAAAGAAUGGAAGUAUUCUACCCUAUGAAGUCUACAGAGGAUGCCUUAGAAUGGAUGGACAAACAAUGGCCAAUCUUGAAAUCUUCAGUAAUAAUGCAGAUGGAGGAACAUCAGGAACACUUUUCAAAUAUCUUGAUAACUGCUUAACAUUUUCUGGAAAACGACUCUUGAGGAAAUGGCUAUGUCAUCCACUGAAAGACAUAGAGGAAAUAAACCACAGGCUUAAUGUGGUUGAACAACUCAUGGGUCAUCCAGAUAUCAUGUCACUCAUUUCUCAAUAUCUCCGGAAGCUUCCGGAUUUGGAAAGGUUUUUUGGACAAGUGAAAUCCACCUUUCAUUCAUCUGCUUUGCUUUUAUUGCCACUGAUUGGAAGCAAAAUAUUAAAGCAACGAGUGAAAGUAUUUGGGUCUCUUGUUAAAGGUUUACGUGUCGGAUUGGAUUUAUUGAAGGUGUUACAAAAGGAAGAUCAUGUCCUCUCGUUGUUGCUAAAAAUAUUCAGUCUUCCGAUGCUAAGUGGGAACGAUGGAAUUGAUAAAUUUCUCACCCAAUUUGAAGCAGCUAUCGACAGUGAUUUCCCAAAUUAUCAAGCACAUGAGAUCAAGGAUUCAGACGCUGAAAUCCUUUCAAUCUUGAUCGAGUUAUUCAUGGAGAAAUCCAACGAGUGGUUUCAAGUUAUUCUCGCUUUAAACUCCAUUGACGUUCUCAGAUCUUUUGCUGCCACGUCAAACUUUUCCCGUCUAGCCAUGUGUCGACCCGUUAUAGUUCCUCGCUCAAACUCAUCGGGUCCCACACUUGAUAUGAAAGGAUUAUGGCAUCCGUAUGCCCUUGGGGAAACCGGAGGGACACCUGUCCCUAAUGACUUGUCUCUUGGAGAUAACCAAUUUGGUUACAAUCCUCGUACUUUGCUGUUGACUGGUCCGAAUAUGGGCGGGAAGUCAACCCUCCUUCGUGCUACCUGUUUAGCAGUUAUCCUUGCUCAGUUAGGUUGCUAUGUCCCAUGUGAAACAUGUGUUAUCUCGGCUGCUGAUGUUAUUUUCACGCGUUUGGGUGCUACUGAUCGUAUAAUGACGGGUGAAAGUACGUUUCUGAUUGAAUGUACAGAAACGGCGUCGGUUUUGCAAAACGCAUCUCAAGAUUCUCUUGUGAUUCUUGACGAAUUGGGUAGAGGAACAAGCACUUUCGAUGGAUACGCUAUUGCUUAUGCUGUGUUUCGUCAUCUUGUUGAAAAGGUGAACUGUAGGUUACUAUUUGCCACCCAUUACCACCCACUCACGAAGGAAUUCGCCUCACACCCUCACGUGACCUUACAACACAUGGCAUGUGCUUUUGAAAACAUGACGUCAUUGUCAAAUACCAGCAACAAGAAGUUGGUGUUUCUCUACCGGCUAACCACCGGUGCAUGUCCGGAGAGCUACGGGAUGCAGGUGGCGUUAAUGGCGGGAAUUCCAAAAAAGGUGGUGGAGGCGGCUUGUGAGGCGGGGGAGGUUAUGAAAAAAAAGAUCGGAGUAAGCUUCCGGUCAAGUGAAAGGCGGUCGGAGUUUUCUACUUUGCAUGAGGAGUGGUUGAGGAGUGUUUUGACGGUGUCUAAAGCUGAAGCCCAUUGUCUUGGGGAUGGUGAAGAAGAUGACGUGUUUGAUACUUUGUUUUGUUUGUGGCAUGAGCUUAAAAGCUCAAACCAAAAGUUGAAGGUUCAUCUCAGCGGAUCGAAAAUUUUCAGUUUUCCCCUUUCUCGCUCCAUUAAAGUUCGUAAAUGGAUUACAAUCCAUCGGUUCGCCCAAGACGUCCUGUUCGUAACAACAACAAUUACCAUGAGAUACGGUUAUCAAGAGGACGAUGAAGAAGAAGAAGAAGACGAUGAUGAAUAUCAACAUGGAUAUUAUAGGGUUUCCGGAGGUGGAAUUGAUACAGGUGAAUCUUCUAGGCGUCACCAGAAGAAGCGAAGAUUAGAUAAUUUGGUUUCAAAUUAUGAAUUCGCCCCUCGCACCAAUGCUAUUCCUUCUAAAGAAGCUUAUGGUGGCGUUCCUGAUAGGUCAGGGGAUGAAUGGAGUGAAAAUGCAACUUUUGUGUUGUUAGAAGUGUGGGGCGAUAGGUAUUUGCAGUUAGGGAGGAAGAGUUUAAGGGGAGAUGAUUGGGUUGAGGUUGCUGAAAAGGUUUCAGAGAUGUGUAAAACGGAAAUCAAUGAAACACAAUGUAGGAACAGGUUGGAGACAUUGAAGAAGAAGUAUAAGAAAGAGAAAGCAAAAAUGGAGGAUAUGGGUAUGGGUGGAAGAGGAUCAGAAGGGUAUCAUGGGAAAUGGGGAUUCUUUAAAAGAAUGGAUAUGUUAUUAUCUCCAAAGAAACAACACAAUGGUUUGCCUUGUGGGGUUGAUUCAGGGGAAUAUGUGUUUAUGAAUACCAAAGUUUAUUUAAAUCAAUCAAAUGCCUUGGAUGAGAUGAGGGAUAGCCCUGGGGAAUCAGAGUCUGAUGAAGAUGAUUCUGAUGACGGGAAAGAUGAUGAUGGAUUUAGAUUGUUGGCUGAAUCUGUUCAGAAUUUUGGGGAGAUUUAUGAGAAGAUCGAGGUGGAUAAUCAGUGGCAAAUGGAUAGAUGAAAAUUGAAGGUGUUACAUAUGGAGUCUUGAUCAUUUCUUCCUUCUUUCUUCCCUAUCUAGGAAUAAGAGAAGGAAGCUAGCAUGUUUUAUUGAUUGUAUUUUGACUUGAAGCUAUUAUGUGUCUCAAGUAAUAAUAUAAUGUUAUCCACAUUUUUAAUAAGCCUAAAUCUAUUUCUUUCCUCUUUAUGUAAAUCGUAUUGCAUUCACAUCCACAUAUAUAUUGUUUUUGUCAUUAGAGUACACAUGUCUAGACUGAACUUGAACAAGCUUUUGAAGGGUUAUUUUCGAUGAUUGAAGAUGAGAAGGGUAUUUACGUCUUUUG